UUCUCCCAGUCUUUUGCGGUCCGCCAUUACUAAAAACGAACUGUCGAAGCACCUGUGUUAGGUUCGACUUUUUUCAAAAAUACAAUGGGUUUUGUGGCAAAGAGUGUCAGAAUUCAUCGUUCUUCGAACGAUUCACAAUGGCAUUUCUUAUAGACCUUGAGAUCCAUUACAAGAAGCACGCCUUGACACAUCAGAGCUUCGAGUUUAUCACUUUCACUUCGUGAUGUAGACUAUAAACACCCAGAGCUCCCUUACCUGAGGUAAAUUCUUGCCUUUUGGUUUAAAGUACCUCCAAGAUUAAGAGAACACAAGAAACAGAAAGAAGCGCCAAAAAUAGACUCCAACACGAAAAGCAAAGGCUCCACUUCUUCUUUCCUUUUCUAUUAAUUCAAAUGUUUUGUACAUGUGUGGGAUAUUGCUAGCUAUGCUCCGUUAUUUUCAAAGAGAACUGUUUUUCUAUUCUUCAGUGUCUGCUAUUAGAAAAGUUCGAGUCAGUAAGAGUAGGAAGAAGAUGAUAGGACUCGCAAGAAGCCAAGUUUGUCGUUAUUCCAGCGUAAACUUUACGAUGCAAUCGUCAUCCACUGCGAAGCUGAUUAUUUUAGAAGGAAAUAUUGGAGUUGGUAAGACAACUUUAGCUUGUCAACUGGCAAGAAAGCUGGACUACAAGCUUUUCUUGGAGCCUACAACAAAGAACCCUUAUUUAGCGAAGUUUUACGAAGAUCCCAAGAGAUACGCAUUAAAAUUACAGUUAUGGAUAUUUCGCCAGAGAUUUCGUAUGUACAUCAAAGCUGCUAAACAUCUUCUUGAAACAGGACAAGGUGUCUUGCUGGACAGAUCAGUUUUCAGUGAUUGUGUUUUUGCUGAUGUGAAUUUUCAGGAAGGCUCUAUUUCUGAAGAAGGCUACCAGUACUAUAAUGAACUGAAGACCAAAGCCCUGAGAGCUGUUCCUGUACCACAUAUAUUGAUAUACAUUGAUGCAUCACCAGAAACAUGUAAUGAAAGAAUCCAUGGAAGAGGAAGGGACUUUGAAGGAGGAAUACCUCUGGCAUAUCUCAGAGGCUUAGAUAAAGCAUAUAAGAACAUGUUGAAUGAAAUGAGGAGUCAUGAUUGCAAGGUCCUUGUUUAUGACUGGUCAGAUUUUGGCUACCAACAUGAGGUUUCCAAAGAUGUCAAAAAUACUGACUCUAUGAAGUGGCAACAAGACACUUUAACAAGAUUUGCAGAAGUAAUAUCAGACAAGAGUAGGUUAAAUCAAGUUUUGAAUCUUGAUUAUACAAUCCCAGAGGCAGAAUUCACUGACGUGACAGACGAGGAGUGUGACACGCUACAAGCUGAAGAGCACAGAGGACACAAGUUAGAAACAGCAAGGAAAAUUGUCAAACAAAUGAAACAGAUCAAAGAAAGUGUCAUAGUCACCUCGGAAUAAGCCUAUUAACAACUUUAACAUAUUUUUACUGUACCUUUUCAGCUAAGGACAAUUUUUCAUYGUAAAUAUACAUUUAGAUACUGGAAGCUGGAAGCCAGGCAUUAACUUAUUCUCACUAGAAAAUUUUUUAAAUCUUAUAAUAGAGUGCUCACACUGAAUCCGUGAAACAAAUACUAAUUUUUAGCACUAAAUAGUGAUAAUUAAACAAUAGAAAACAAAGGAUUCUGUAUGAAAUAGUACUAAUUAGUACUAUUUAAUGUUCACGGUUUUAGUGCGUGCACUAAAUGUAGUACUAAUACUGUAACUACUAAUGUAGUUUUAAUAAUGCAAAGAAUUUGAUUCUCAGACUUGAUGUUUAUAAAAAAUUCACUUUAGGAAGUCAGACCCUUAGAAAGGGGGACUCGUAUCCUUCACAUUCUUAUUGUUGAUGUAAUAAGAUUAAAAAGAGGAGGGGGAUUCAUUCACACCUUUAAGCCUCACUGGACAACACUGACAACAGACAUGUAUGAUCAAAAAGCAGCACUCAAAGUUAAGAUUCUAUUUAACUGAAUUACCAAGUCUAAAAUUAACUAAGAUUAAGAAUGGAAUGAAUUAAUAUUUCUUAUAUUACCAUAUUCUGAUCUGGAAAAUAUUUAUUAUAGGACACUCGGGCAACUAAGAAUGGUUUUAACCGUGAUUCUUCGGAAAAGGAAGAUAUUGAAUAUACCUGACAAUGUACAGACUAUUCGUAAAGCAACGCCAUCAAACAAAUUCUUUACUUUAAGUAUCCAUUUCGUCUCUGUACUACUUAUUGUUUAGUUUACUAUUCACUGAAAAACAUCAACUUCCAUAUUGAUGGUUGCAAGCAUUCCCAAGCGGCCAUUGUGGUGCCGAUGCAAAUGACAAAUAUUUUGUUAAAUGGCACCAACAUGGCCACGAAGACUUAAGGUGCAAUCAAAGAAUUGAAUGUUUCGCAAUAUACAUGUUUACAAUAAACUUUUCUUAUCUCAUACAUAAAUGUUAAGCGAUUAUUAUCAAUUUUUAUUUGUAUAAUAAAGAAUUUUAUACCAAA